UGAAGCAAGUUAAUCGACAAGACAUGAGGUGCUCCUCUGGACACCUACGGACCAAGAAGCUUAUUUAAAGAUGAUUUGCAAUUCGCUUUGAUGCUUUCCUUUCCAGGGGGUGUGCACAACACAGACUGUUUCGAGCAAGCAUUCAAACCACCAUGUCCUCUCGAUCGAUAACUAUAGUGUCCUCUGGACAGAGCACAGGGCUCAGCUACAGUGGGUUGAUGAUGCACAGCAUUCAGCUCUCCUCACAGCCCAAAGUUCUGCUGGAGGAAGACAGGGAGUCUGGCAUCGGCUCCACCCUUGACCUCAGCAGCAGCUCUGAGGGCUACAACCACCAUACCAAUCAUCCCUUCAAUACAUCUCCACUCAGGGAAGCAGAUAGGCUCCCUGAAGGUAGCUCUCAACAAAAUGCAUCAGCACUUCAGCAGAGUACGAGCAAGAUAAAGCAGUUCCUUAUAAACAUGUCCAAGAUCCCACUCCUCUUCAUCCUACUCUUCUUCUUUGUUUGCUCCUUGGACACUCUGAGUUCCGCCUUCCAGUUAGCAGGGGGUAAAGUGGCAGGGGACAUUUUCCAGGACAAUGCGGUGCUGUCUAACCCCGUGGCAGGGCUGGUGGUGGGGAUCUUGGUGACUGUGCUGGUCCAGAGCUCAUCCACCUCCACCUCCAUCGUCGUCAGUCUGGUGGCCUCUGGAUUGCUUGAAGUGAGGUUGGCUGUUCCAGUCAUCAUGGGGACCAAUAUUGGGACUUCAGUCACGAACACCAUAGUGGCCAUGAUGCAAGCAGCAGAGAGGGCCGAGUUUCAACGGGCCUUUGCUGGGGCAACGAUCCACGACUGCUUCAACUGGCUGUCGGUGCUGGUUCUGAUGCCGCUGGAGGUUUUUAGUGGCCUCAUGACCCGGCUGUCGCAUCUGCUGGUCACCAGCUUCAGGCUUCAACCUGGGGAAGAAGCACCUGAACUGCUCAAGGUCAUCACAGAGCCAAUCACCAAGCUCAUCAUACAGCUAGAUGAGUGUGUGAUCACAGGCAUUGCCAUGGGAAAUGAGGACAUGAAGAACAGGAGCCUGGUGAAACAAUGGUGCCAGACUGACCUUGUUAUGGCCACUGACAAUGUGAGCACUGAAAACUGUGGUCCGAGUCAUGAUUUGUCCCUGUCGUCGCUGAAGUGUCGGCAUUUGUUUGUGUCUACUCAGCUGUCAGACCUCACGGUGGGCCUGAUUCUCCUGGCAGGCUCCAUGGCUGUCCUCUGCACCUGUCUGCUGCUUCUAGUCAAGCUGCUCAACUCUCUUCUUAAAGGCCAAGUAGCAAAGGUCAUCCAUAAGGUCAUCAACACAGACCUGCCAUAUCCAUUUGGGUGGCUGGCAGGAUACGUGGCCAUGGCUGUGGGAGCAGGGGUAACAUUUGUGGUCCAGAGUAGCUCUGUUUUUACUUCAGCCAUGACUCCCCUUGUAGGUAUUGGUGUGAUCAGUCUGGAGCGGGCCUAUCCUCUCACCCUCGGGUCCAACAUUGGCACCACUGCCACAGCCCUGCUGGCAGCUCUGGCCAGCCCUGGGAACAAGCUAGCAGCAGCCAUACAAAUUGCUCUGUGCCACCUCUUCUUCAACAUCUUUGGCAUUCUGCUGUGGUAUCCUCUUCCCUUCAUGCGUCUGCCGAUAAGGAUGGCUCGUGUCCUGGGUGAGCGAACUGCCAAGUAUCGUUGGUUUGCAGUCUUGUAUCUUCUCCUGUGCUUCUUGCUCCUGCCCUCGCUGGUGUUGGGUCUCUCGCUGGCAGGCUGGCAGGUGAUGGCUGGUGUUGGGGCUCCUUUCAUGGGUGUGACUAUCUUUAUAGUCAUGGUAAAUGUGAUGCAGGCUCACAGUCCCAGGCACCUGCCCUCAAAACUCCAGACCUGGGACUUCUUGCCCCAAUGGAUGCGCUCUCUCAAACCACUUGAUCGCUUGAUCACCAAGGCAACUGUCUGCUGCAGCAUCACAUGUGAGGCAGAGCAGAGAGAAGAAGAAGAAGAAGAAGAGGACCGCAUCUCGACACAGACGGCCUCUGUUAACCCAAAGAAGGAGUCCACGCAGAAGAAGGCACAGCUGGCCUAUGACAACCCAGCCCUGGACUACCUGGAUGAGAGUAGACCAGGUGUGCGGGUUCUUAAAUUAAAAGGGUUAGAGAGAUGCAACAGCACUCCAUUGUAGUCAAACUGUCAAACUAUUUUGUACUCUCUUUUGUCAAUACUGACAAAAGCAAU